AUGCCAGCACCAUUGGGGGUGGCGGUGGCCGGGCUGGCGGUUCCCCGAGGCCCCGGUGACGGACAGUUGUCCCCAGUGGCGGGCGGCGAGGACUGCCUGUGGUACGUGGACAGGAACGGCUCCUGGCACCCCGGCUUCGACUGCGACUUCUUCACCUUCUGCUGCGGCACGUGCCACCAGCGGUACUGCUGCCGUGACCCCAUGCGCCUGCUCACUGAGCGCCAGCAGCGUCACUGCCUCGCCUUCAGCCCCAAGACCAUCGCGGGCAUCGCCUCGGCUGUGGUGCUCUUCAUCGCCAUCGUCACCACCAUCGUCUGCUGCUUCAUGUGCUCUUGCUGCUACUUGUACCAGCGCCGGCAGCACCUCCGCACCCCCUUGCAAGGCGCGGAGAUCCCGCUGUCCAGCUACCCCCCCGCAGCCCCCCCAGCCCCCUUCCCCAUGGACCCCAAAGCCGGCCCCGUGGCCCCCCAGCCUGGCUUCACCCCCAUGGCCGUGUACCCGCCGUCUGGCCCUGCUGCCCAGUACCCGCUGUACCCCUCCGGCCCGCCCGUCUACAACCCCACAGCACCUCCGCCCUAUGUCGCAGUACAGCCCAGCUACCCCGGAGCCUGA